UUCGGCCUAUGCAGGGUCGAAGCUGCUAAAGAAGCUUUAACCUUAAGGGGGCCUCAGGGAGAGAAGAGUUGUGCUGCUGCCGCCGAGAGCCCCACCUCCGCGGCUCCGGGUCCCGGGUCCCGGCCUGUGGCUGCGAACGGCGGCUUCAGGAGGCAGCGGAGGCGGCGGCGACCGACCUGCCGGGUCUCCCCCGCUCCGUGCAGGACUGGGAGAGGGGAUCCGCCAUAUUGGAGCCGGAACGGAAGGUGCCUUGCAGCCGCAGCGCGAGGCGGGUGGCGGUGGCGGCUCUGGCCUGGAUGUGAGCGGAGUCGGCUGCGCUGGGGCCCGCAAGCCUGGGGAGUGAAUGAGCUGCUUACGCUAGUAUCCUCCCCGCCCACUCUCUCCACUUUCCGCCGCCGGGGCCGGGGCCGGACCGGGAGGGGGCUGGAGUCGGCCGUGGCGGCGGCAGCGGCGGCGGCAGCGGCAGGAUGUUCUCCAAGAAGCCGCACGGGGACGUGAAGAAGUCUACCCAGAAGGUGCUGGAUACCAAGAAGGACGCGCUGACCCGUCUCAAGCACCUGCGCAUCGUCAUCGAGAAUGCAGAGUCUAUUGAUCUUAAACAGUUUUUUGACCAACAUUUUUCACAUAUAUAUUACGUGUUCUUUGAGAAUUUUGUGACUAUUGAAGCUAGUCUUAAACAGAAAGGUCACAAGUCUCAGAGGGAGGAAUUGGAUGCUAUACUUUUUAUUUUUGAGAAAAUUUUACAACUUCUUCCAGAGAGAAUUCAUCAGCGAUGGCAGUUUCAUAGUAUUGGAUUAAUUUUAAAGAAACUACUCCACACAGGAAACUCCUUGAAGAUCAGACGGGAAGGUGUUCGUCUUUUCUUAUUAUGGUUGCAAGCUCUUCAGAAUAACUGUAGCAAAGAACAGCUUUGGAUGUUUUCAUGCUUAAUUCCCGGAUUUUCAGCACUACAAUCUGAACAUGGACCUCGAACUUUAGAUAAUCUCAUUAAUCCUCCACUCAACCUUCAAGAAACUCAAGUUACUAUAGAGGAAAUCACUCCUCUUGUCCCUCCACAAUCAGGAGACAAAGGACAAGAAGAUCUCACAAGCUAUUUUCUUGAAGCACUUUUAAAAUACAUAGUAAUUCAGGUAAAAAGUUUAGAAUGGAAGAACAAAGAAAACCAGGAAAGGGGAUUUUCUUUUUUGUUUUCACAUUUUAAGAAAUAUUACUUGCCUCAUAUUUUCCCAAACAUCUGCAAGGAGAAUAGUUUAUAUCAUCCUGUACUUGAUAUCCCACAGGUGAGACCAAAGCCACAUUAUGUUAUGAUAAAGAAGGAUGCCGAAACCAAUGAAGCAAUCUAUUGUACAAAAGAACCUUUCAUUAAGGCUCGUGUUAUUGUCAUUCGUUGGCUGGUUUCUUUCUGGCUUGAGCCAAAGCCCCAUACAGGACCUCAUAUUCCUGGGAUGGAAGGUGAAGUCUUGCCAAAGAAUAUUCAGAGAGCAGCUGCUAGUUUGGUAUCCAGAGAAGAAAACAAAAAUGAUAAUGCUGAUAAAGCAGAUAGAACUACAGAACCAGAACAGUCUCAUUCCAAUACAAGCACUCUCACGGAGCGAGAACCUAGCUCAUCCAGUCUCUGCAGUAUUGAUGAGGAACAUCUCACAGACAUUGAAAUAGUUCGCAGAGUUUUUUCUUCUAAAAGAAGUAAUGUAAACUUUGUCACAGAGAUAUUUCGUCAGGCAUUUUUAUUACCAAUUUGUGAAGCAGCAGCUAUGAGAAAAGUGGUAAAAGUAUAUCAAGAAUGGAUCCAGCAAGAAGAAAAACCUUUGUUUAUGCAAGAACCAGAAGAAAUUGUGAUCUCUUCUUCGGACUUACCUUGUAUUGACAAUGUCACAGACCAUGUUAUUUCAGUGGAAGAAGGAGAAAAGAGAGAAGAGGAAAGUGGGACUGAUAUUGCUGAUCAUGUUCGAAAUUCCACUUGGGCAAAAAAUGGCACCUACCAAGAUGUUCUUCAUAACACCUCUGAGGAAGUCACAGAACAAAACAUACGAGCUGGUACCCAGGCAGUUUUGCAGGUGUUUAUUAUAAACUCAUCAAACAUAUUUCUUCUUGAACCUGCAAAUGAAAUUAAAAAUCUUCUGGAUGAGCACACAGAUAUGUGUAAACGCAUUCUUAAUAUUUAUCGGUUCAUGGUUGUACAAGUUUCAAUGGACAAAAAGACUUGGGAACAGAUGCUGCUUGUGUUGCUCAGAGUCACGGAGUCUGUACUGAAGAUGCCAUCACAAGCUUUUCUGCAGUUCCAGGGGAAAAAAAAUAUGACCUUGGCAGGUCGACUUGCAGGACCACUUUUCCAGACUCUUAUCGUUGCCUGGAUCAAAGCAAAUCUUAAUGUGUACAUCUCUCGAGAACUAUGGGAUGACUUACUCUCAGUAUUAUCGUCUUUGACCUAUUGGGAAGAGUUAGCCACUGAGUGGUCGCUAACUAUGGAAACUCUAACUAAAGUUUUAGCUAGAAAUUUAUAUAGUUUGGAUCUUAGUGAUUUACCAUUGGAUAAGCUGAGUGAACAGAAGCAAAAAAAGCACAAAGGGAAAGGAGUUGGACAUGAAUUUCAGAAAGUUUCAGUUGACAAGUCAUUUUCUAGAGGAUGGAGUCGUGAUCAGCCUGGCCAAGCCCCAAUGAGGCAGAGAAGUGCAACAACCACUGGUUCCCCAGGAACCGAAAAGGCAAGGAGUAUAGUACGGCAAAAAACCGUUGAUAUUGAUGAUGCUCAAAUACUUCCCCGCCCAACUAGAGUCAGACAUUUUUCACAAAGUGAAGACACUGGAAAUGAAGUUUUUGGUGCUUUGAAUGAGGAGCCGCCAUUGCCUCGAAGUAGCAGCACUUCUGACAUCUUGGAACCAUUCACUGUUGAACGAGCCAAAGGUGCAGUUCCUGUCAUUGACAGUUCAUCCCGUCAUGCACCAAGCUUGCAGAGUUCCACAGAGGCUUCUUCAAUAACUAGAUCCACUGAAAGCCACAUCACUGAUACUCAUAGUAGAGAGUCUUCUCUGGAAGUUGGUGAUAGCAUAUAUGACCAUCUUUGUCACUUAAUAGAUCCAGUAGAACUUGCAGAUUCAGCUUUUGAACAAAUCCAGUACAUUGACCUUGAAGGAGAUGACGAUCUUCUUUCCUCCCUGAAAGAAUAUUUUAAGGAAAACCAGGAAAAUCAUAGUAAAAAUGAGUUAGGUAAAGAUGCAGCUUCUGAGGAAGUGAUUAUUGCAGUAAAUAAGGAUGAACGAUCAUCUUUAGAUAAAUUAGAAUACAUAGACCAAGAAAGUAAAUCAGAAAAUACUGCCUCUUUUGUUGGGACUCCUGAAAACAUUCAGUUUCAAAAAGAACCAAACUCAGCUGUCUUCAUGGGUAGUAUUGCACCUAACCAGUUAGACAGUUUUGUGAGAACAAAAAGUGAUGAAAAAUCUAAGGAACUAAACAGUGAUAAACUAUCAUCAGAACCUAAUUCAGGUAGCCCUUGUGAUAAAGAAAAAAGGAAGCACCUGUAUAGACAGCCAGCCACAGAAUUAGAUGCCUGUGUAGAUAUAACACUAGUCGAAAAGGUUAAGGGUGUGCAAAUUAAUGAAAAAAUCACUGUCCCACAUGUUAUGCAUGCCAAGAAAACUACACUAAAAACACCUGUUAACCAUAGACUGCCUCAUGUUACAAACACUAGCAAGCUUUCUCCAACUAAAAGGAGCUUGUCUGAAACAGUAACUCAUAGAGCCAAAAUCAUGAAAAUUGGUACUAAAAAACGAAAUACUGUUCAUGUUACUUUUAGACCAUCUACUGAGUCAGUUCAGUUUUAUAAUCCUCUGGAAAACAAAGAGGCCCCAUGGAAGAUGAGACUGCGGAGACUUGGUGGCUUUAGUAGUAGUAGUAGUAGUAGUAAUAGCAGCACUAGCGGCGCCAGCAACCCCCAUACCGGCUCAGAUAGUUUUACAGAGUUAGUAAAACCUGGUGUGUACAGGCCUCUAGAUACAGUUGGUACAGCAUCAGUAAGUAAAACAAUGAAGGAAUCUACAGAGAUUCCCACCACGACAUUACCAAAAGAAGGAAUUGCAAGUAAUCAGUUAGGUAGCCGUAGUACUCUUAGGUCAUCAAGUCAUGAGGCAGGACUACCGCAGGGCUCCCUGGGUGGCGUUUAUAAAACUGUUGUCCAUGCUCUUUCGAAGCCGAAGGCAAAUGUUUCCCCACAGAGGCAGAACAGAAUGCCACCAGAGGCUCCACUGAGGGAUCUGUACAGUCAUGUAAUGGGCUAUUUUGGAAGGAAAGCUGCAGUCAAUAAAGAGGACAUGAGCCCAAAACUGCCCCCUCUUAAUAGUGAUAUUGGCAGCAGCAAUGCUAAUGUUCCUGAUCUGAUGGAUGAGUUUAUAGCAGAACGACUUCGAAGUGGUAAUGCCUCAACUAUGACAAGAAGAGGAAGUAGUCCAGGCAGUCUUGAAAUUCCCAAAGACCUCCCCGAUAUUCUAAAUAAGCAAAACCAAAUGCGCCCUGUUGAUGACCCAGGUGUGCCCUCUGAAUGGACUUCUCCUGCCAGUGCAGGGAGCAGUGAUCUUAUCAGCUCAGAUAGUCAUUCGGAUUCUUUCAGCGCUUUCCAAUAUGAUGGCCGAAAAUUUGACAAUUUUGGCUUUGGAGCUGAUGCUGGGAUUACAUCCUCUGCUGAUGUGGAUUCAGGUUCUGGCCAUCAUCAGAAUGCUGAAGAACAGGAAGUGGCUAGUCUAACCACACUUCAGAUAGAUUCUGAAACAAGCAGUCUUAAUCAGCAAGCUUUCUCCGCUGAAGUUGCAACGGUUACUGGUUCAGAAAGUGCUUCUCCAGUCCAUUCAGCUCUGGGAUCCAGGUCACAGACACCUUCCCCUUCCACACUGAAUAUAGAUCACAUGGAACAGAAAGAUCUGCAGCUUGAUGAGAAGCUCCACCAUUCUGUUCUUCAGACUCCAGAUGACCUAGAAAUCAGUGAGUUUCCAUCUGAAUGUUGUAGUGUGAUGGCAGGGGGUACACUCACAGGAUGGCAUGCUGAUGUUGCUACUGUAAUGUGGCGAAGAAUGCUAGGCAUUUUGGGAGAUGUCAACGCUAUUAUGGAUCCCGAAAUACAUGCUCAAGUUUUUGAUUACCUCUGUGAACUUUGGCAAAAUCUAGCUAAGAUUAGAGAUAACCUUGGCAUUUCAACUGAUAACCUGACCUCCCCUUCACCACCAGUUUUGAUUCCUCCACUGAGAAUUCUUACACCUUGGCUCUUCAAGGCAACCAUGUUGACUGAUAAAUAUAAACAAGGUAAAUUACAUGCUUACAAACUUAUCUGUAAUACAAUGAAAAGAAGACAAGAUGUUUCUCCAAACAGAGAUUUUCUAACACAUUUCUACAAUAUAAUGCAUUGUGGAUUACUUCAUAUUGAUCAGGAUAUUGUCAAUACAAUCAUCAAGCACUGCUCACCUCAGUUUUUUUCACUUGGUUUGCCUGGUGCCACAAUGCUUAUUAUGGAUUUUAUUGUAGCAGCUGGUAGAGUGGCUUCUUCGGCUUUUCUCAAUGCACCAAGAGUAGAAGCACAAGUUCUUCUGGGAUCUUUGGUUUGCUUUCCUAACUUAUAUUGUGAACUGCCUGGUCUCCAUCCCAACAUUCCUGAUAUUGCUGUGUCUCAGUUUACAGAUGUUAAGGAACUCAUAAUCAAAACUGUAUUAAGCUCGGCAAGAGAUGAGCCAUCUGGUCCUGCACGAUGUGUAGCAUUGUGCAGUUUAGGUAUUUGGAUUUGUGAAGAACUAGUCCAUGAGUCUCAUCAUCCUCAAAUCAAGGAAGCUCUGAAUGUAAUUUGUGUUUCCUUAAAGUUUACUAAUAAAACAGUGGCGCAUGUAGCUUGUAACAUGCUUCACAUGCUGGUUCAUUACGUACCUAGACUUCAGAUUUACCAACCCGAUUCUCCCUUGAAAAUUAUUCAAAUUCUAAUAGCCACCAUUACCCAUCUUUUGCCAAGUACAGAAGCUUCAUCUUAUGAAAUGGAUAAGAGGUUGGUGGUGUCCUUACUUCUGUGCCUUCUGGACUGGAUUAUGGCCUUACCUCUAAAGACACUGCUCCAACCAGUCCAUGCUACAGGAGCAGAAAAUGAUAAAAUAGAAAAAUCUGUCCUCAAUUGCAUUUAUAAGGUAUUACAUGGGUGUGUUUAUGGAGCUCAGUGUUUUAGCAAUCCAAGGUAUUUUCCAAUGAGCCUCUCUGAUUUGGCAUCUGUAGAUUAUGAUCCUUUUAUGCAUUUGGAAAGUCUAAAAGAGCCUGAACCUCUGCACUCUCCGGAUUCAGAACGAUCUUCUAAGCUUCAGCCAGUGACAGAAGUGAAAACUCAAAUGCAACAAGGAUUAAUAUCUAUAGCCGCCCGCACUGUUAUUACACAUCUGGUAAAUCACUUGGGCCAUUAUCCAAUGAGUGGUGGUCCUGCUAUGUUAACAAGUCAGGUGUGUGAAAAUCAUGACAAUCAUUACAGUGAAAGUACUGAACUUUCUCCUGAACUCUUUGAGAGUCCAAAUAUCCAGUUCUUUGUGUUGAACAAUACAACCUUAGUGUCCUGUAUCCAGAUCAGAUCAGAAGAGAGUAUACCCGGAGGAGGUUUAUCUGCUGGCCUUGCAUCAGCCAAUUCAAAUGUUAGAAUCAUAGUACGUGAUCUCUCCGGAAAAUAUUCAUGGGAUUCUGCUAUCCUGUAUGGACCACCUCCUGUGAGUGGCUUGUCAGAACCUACGUCGCUUGUACUUUCAUUGUCUCGCCAAGAGAAGCCAGAAGAGCCUCCUACAUCUAAUGAAUGCUUAGAAGAUAUAACAAUAAAUGACGGGAUUUCCCUCCAGUUUAAAAGAGGAUUUAGAGAAACUGUACCAACUUGGGAUACCAUAAGAGAUGAAGAAGAUGUUCUUGAUGAGCUUUUGCAGUAUUUAGGUAUAACUAGUCCUGAAUGCUUACAGAGAACUGGAAUCUCACUUAAUAUUCCUGCUCCACAACCUGUGUGCAUUUCUGAAAAACAGGAAAAUGAUGUUAUUAAUGCAAUCCUUAAGCAGCACACAGAGGAAAAAGAAUUUGUUGAGAAACACUUUAAUGACUUAAACAUGAAAGCUGUGGAGCAAGAUGAACCAACACCUCAAAAGCCUCAGUCAGCAUUUUAUUAUUGCAGAUUGCUUCUUAGUAUAUUGGGAAUGAAUUCCUGGGACAAAAGGAGGAGCUUUCAUCUCUUGAAGAAAAAUGAGAAACUACUUAGAGAACUUAGGAACUUGGAUUCAAGACAGUGUCGAGAGACCCACAAGAUCGCAGUAUUUUAUGUUGCUGAAGGACAAGAAGACAAACAUUCCAUUCUCACCAAUACAGGAGGAAGUCAAGCGUAUGAAGAUUUUGUAGCUGGUCUUGGUUGGGAGGUCAAUCUUACAAACCACUGUGGUUUCAUGGGAGGACUACAAAAAAACAAAAGCACUGGAUUGACCACACCAUAUUUUGCUACCUCUACAGUAGAAGUAAUAUUUCAUGUAUCAACAAGAAUGCCUUCUGAUACUGACGACUCUUUGACCAAAAAAUUAAGACAUUUGGGAAAUGAUGAAGUACACAUUGUUUGGUCAGAGCAUACUAGAGACUACAGGAGAGGAAUUAUUCCUACAGAAUUCGGUGAUGUCCUUAUUGUAAUAUAUCCAAUGAAAAAUCACAUGUUCAGUAUUCAGAUAAUGAAAAAACCAGAGGUUCCCUUCUUUGGUCCACUUUUUGAUGGUGCUAUUGUGAAUGGAAAGGUCCUACCCAUUAUGGUUCGAGCAACAGCUAUAAAUGCAAGCCGUGCUCUGAAAUCUCUGAUUCCAUUGUAUCAAAACUUCUAUGAAGAGAGAGCACGCUACCUGCAAACAAUUGUCCAGCACCAUUUAGAACCAACGACAUUUGAAGAUUUUGCAGCACAGGUUUUUUCUCCAGCUCCCUACCAUCAUUUACCAUCUGAUGCCGGCUCCUACCCAGAGAUUCUAUCCAGUGAAACUCCCACAGCAACGCAGGUAGACGGGGCUGACCUGGCCUCUCCAAUGUCUCCUCGAACUAGCAAAAGCCGCAUGUCCAUGAAGCUGCGUCGAUCCUCUGGUUCAGCCAAUAAAUCCUAAGGAAACAAGCAGCCCAGCAGUGUGAUCAGCAGUAACCACCUUAGCAUGAACAUAGUGUUAACCCUUUCAGGCCUUCGUGUUUGCCAUAACAUGCAUGUUUCUUCCUGAACAUUUAUUUUAGAAAACACUGGAUUUAAAUAAUUUGUAACUUAAUAUUUUAGAUUUGGGUUGUUUAUUCAGUUGUUCCCCCCCCCCAACACUCUAAGCUGCCAUAUUUUGGGGGGGUAGAGUUUUAUUCUAUACUCUUUACCUUCCUGGAUAAUUAUGUCUAAGCAGUUUCACUUUUAAUUUCAUGAUUAACUUUGAGCCAAACUAUAAUUGGACAGAUAGCCUCAUUAUUUUAUUUAUCGUGCCCCAUUGCAACUUUAUGGCUCAGUAAAUGUAUAAUUUUUUUACAAAUAUAAAUUUUUAAAUUUAAGCAUUUGUAAAGUUAUAGCAAAAGUUGCAAAUCUUAAUACACAGGAUGUGUAUGGAUUAUUUAUGUUAUGAAAAUAAAACACUUAAAAUAAAUGGUCUUUUAGCAUCUCAAAUUCCAGCUGACAUAAUUUUAGCAUUAACUUUUUCUUCCCAAAGCAAUGCCUCAUUUCUUGGCUGUGCAGAUGAUGCCAUGAUAUAUCUCAUAACCAGAAAAAUCACUGUGCUGAACUUUGAUUUAUGUUUAGCUUCCAAAUAUUUUUCUAAUGUUUUGCUUUUUAAAUGGUAUCAGUGUUAAAUGCCAUUUUUGUUUUGAUAUUGUGGCCCUGUAUUAUUGGCUCCUGGAUCCUGGUAUAUCUGUGUUGUUCUUUCCUGAGUACCAAAAAGAGGGUAAUUGGGGGGAUGGAGAGAAAGAAAAAAAGAAAGAAAGAACUUUUCUGAUAUAAAUGUGUUGCUUAAAUUAUGUGUAAUUUAAAAGAAAAGGGAACAUGACCCAGGAGUCUAAAUUAAAUCUAAUAUUAUUAAUAAUACUGAACUUGCUGAUGCAGGUUGGUAUUCAUUCCACCCUCCAGAAAUAUUUUCCUACAGUAAAUAAGCUGCUCACAUUUUGUCCAUAUUUUGUUUUGAACGGGCAUCUCCCAAGGAAAUGUAGCAUGACAUCAGUACUAACUGCAUGUGUAAAUACAUCAUACGGGCAAACUCUAAAAAUAUAAAUUAUGUAUCAUCAUUCAUGUAGUAUCUACAAAUUUGUAACAGUGAAAGAAAAAAUAUGGUAUUUAAUAAUACAAUAAAAAUAUUCUUAU